CAGUACAAGCGCAGGUCGAUGUUUUACGACUGCUGCCUUUGGUUUUUUACGACUCUAAACUCUUCCCCUCUGAAACAGCAGUGUCGACCGGUCUCGUUUAUGCACGGAAGCGCCUGUAAAUGCGCCCCGGGAGUGCAGCAGGCGUUUACAUCGGCAACCGUCACAGCAAUCGUCCUGACUGUCCAAGUCAUAUGAAACUGUAUCCCUGGGACAUCAUUAUGUUUUAAGUGAGUGUUGAUCUCUGUCAUCACUCCGGUAACUUCCAUUUUGAACGUACAUUCGUAUUUUGACACAGCUCAGGCUGAGCUUAGAGAUUGGUGAGAAAAGUAAACCGGUGCUGUGAACACGACGAGUUCAUUUUAGCUGAACUUUUCCACAUGUCCGUGUAAUAAUACAACCGUCAUACAGUUGGAUAUGUUUCUACGCAAGAAGGCUGUUUUAAUUUGCUUCGCAGUAGUAAAUUGGCUGACCUACCGGUACCUGGCUGAGUGUACUCCGCUUCCGUCACCUGAAUGUCCUAGCAAAGAGACCACUUCUACUGGUGAUUGUUGUCUGCAAUGCCCUCCUGGAUGGGGCGUCCAGUCCCGUUGCUCAGCCUUUAACAACACUAUCUGCAUGCACUGUUACGCCGAUAUAACCUUUUCGCCCGAGCCCAGCCAUACAGCUGGCUGCAUGCCCUGCAAAAGAUGUGCUAGAAAUGAGUUUGUCAGGCACUCCUGCAAUAUCACCCAUGAUACCCUUUGUGAAUGCCGGAGGAACUACUACCAUACGGCAGAUGGAUCUUGUAGCCAGUGUAAUACGUGCCCUCCAGGAUUCGGUGCUACCGUUAAAUGCGCCACUCAGCACAACACCGAGUGCGAGUCCUGUGCCAAUGGGACAUACUCUGACUUGACGAGCGCCACCAAGGGUUGUGUGCCUUGCAGUACUUGCCUUGAAGGCACUGUUGUCUUGGAAAUGUGCACAAGGUUUUCUGACACGGUUUGCUCAGAUACAGUGAUGUCAACAACCACAGCAUACCAACAUAGCAGCGAAACCCCAGACACCGUUGCCCACGUAAUAAACAGCAGACCUCCCAGCAUUGUGCCCAUCUACUGCGCCAUCUUAGCUUUCGUAGUAAUCGGUCUCCUGGGUUAUGUGAUCUUCAAGAGAUGGUCUUUCAGAAAAGUAAAGCUGCGUUCUCAUGCAAAGCAAACAAGGUCACCUUUAGGAUCUCCAUCUAAAGCUGACAUCGAUGUGUCCAGUGCAGGAGCGCAUUCUAUUAAGAAAUCUGCAGAUUUGCCCCCUAGUUUAGCCCCAAGCAGGCAACCGACUGACCAAACGCCUCUUAUGACCGUUCCGAGUACCACUUUAUACCGAGAUUUAUCCACAACGACACGUUCCGAAGUGGAGUCUCUACUUGGAAUCUCACGGCUGGAUAGGCGAGAUUGGAGGGGACUUGCUCAUGAGCUAGGAUUCUCAGACAAAGACAUCGUGCAUUUCAUCAAAACUUCCGAUGAUGAUUUACCUGUUCACCGCAUGUUGACGGUAUGGUCGGAUAGAGAGGGUGCUGUUGUCAGCGUGUUGGUAGCUGCUUUAAAGAGUCUAAACAGACAGGAUGUGCUGCAGAAAUUACCCGUAUUUGCAUGAGCUGAAAACUUUAAAGAGACUGAGUUCAUAUUUCAGAAUUUUCAUUGUACAUGUUCAUAAGGGAAUACACCCAAUGUUAGACCCAAGGGUCUGUACACGACCUCUAACAUCUUAGGUCGCAUGUAUAUUUUAUAAAUUAUUUUUUAGAAUGGCAUCCACAUUUUAGAGAGCAGCAGAAAUAUGACGAAUAUUGAGUAAAAAUGACGUUCGUCGAGAAAAUCGUUUGCUUUCUUGAUUUUUUUUUCAAUGUCAGAUGACUUCACGGUUUCCUGUUCUUCGUUUUUGUGGGCCAGCUUGAACAUGUUACUGCUUUUUGCUUUGACGUCUCAAAAACGUUUCUGGUUUAAGGGUCACGAAAAUACGCCCCAGAAGUAUGAAAUUAUACGCCCUAAAGAUCUCAGUUUAAAGUGUUGAGGUGAUGACAUUUCCUUACAGACACUUUCUGUCCAACUUUAUACUCAUUUAUAACAAAUUGACAUCCUUUUUACAUUAAAUACAUGUAUAUUGAAACGCUGACUUUUUAAACAUUAAAAACUGUCAUUUUUUCCUAUACAACUGAGGGUGCAGUGCUGUGAUGUCAGUUGGGAAAGACUUGCUCCCAGUAUAGGUUUUUUCAAAUGGUUAAGCCUAUUAAUCUGCUAAUUAAAAGCAUUUUCGGGAAAGUGUUGCUUGUUGGCUUGUUGCCAUGUACUGCAACAGAUAUAAAUCACUAAAGAAAAGUAGAUUUUGCUAAAAGUAAUAUCUGAAACUGCAACAGUUUUUGUUUUGGUGCACAAAUACUGAUUUGUUGCACUGGCAACAUUAAGGAGCAAGUUCGAGUACGACUAGUUCGAACCGUAGUUCGACCAAGUAGCCCAAAGAAUGCAUAGCUUUGACCAUUUUUUGGAACCAGGUCCUGGUCAUGCCACAGGUUAUAAGUACCCGAUUUCAUUUAUCAGUACAAGCGAACCAGUUACAAGAAAAUAAUUGUACGGAAUUUCAUCAACCCUGAACACAGCGAGAGUUGCAACCAACGAUAACGCACAUAAAUAAAACUUGGUUAGUUCGAGUGUGACCAUACUAAUGUUGCGUAUAUUUAAGCAAUAGAGCCUGAAAGGUGAAUCCUGAUGGCGCACUUCCGGAACCCUUAGAUAGGAAAUUUCAGAAUUUGUCAUAUUUUUUCGUUCAGUUACUUCUUAAAAACUCUACUCUUAUAUUCGCUAGCAUAUCAAUUUAUGGAAAAUGACAAAUGACCUGACCUAAAAGAGACUUCACUUCUGAAAAUCUAAAAUACAUGGAGAACAGUGCAGUUCGGUGGUUUCGUACGCAUAUGAACUAUACGGGCAUUUCACAAUAGUGCGCCUCCAAGAGGUUGCAACGCGUUGGCCAAUCACAAUACACAAAAUCUGUCAACCCAAAGCGCGUUUGGAAAGGGUCGACAGAAGUCGCGCGUUGGGAUUGGCCAACAAGUGUCAAGCUCUUGGGGGCGUACUAUUGUGAAUCACCCGUAUUACGGAAUUACAGAUCAUGGUAGUCUUUUGGGUAAAAGCCAAAAUAAAAACAACCUAAAUAUCUUAAGGAUUUUGAAAUUUAUAAGGAAAUAAACUUAAAGCAAUAACAUGCUUUUACGAAAGAUUUUGAUGUAUAAGCUAACCUUUGCUGACAAGAAUUGUGUCACGUCAACUCAACAGAAUCUGGAACCCAUCGACUGCAGGGAAGGUAAAUCUUGUACACUCUCGUUUCCACGUAAGUACGGGAAAUGAAAAUAAACGAGCAUGAGCGGAGACCUAGGAACGAUACUGCCGGAAGCAAAAGUUCGUUGAUGAAAUUCGUUUUUUACCCAUCUCCAGGUGACUUUCGCUAAAUAUUACUUGAGGAAGACAAGGGGGAAAUUCCGACAUGAGUGUUUCUUGGGGUGGUUUCAAUUAGAAAUCAUUCUUCCCAAAAUUAUAGGAUAUGAUAGGAUGACCCAUGUAGAAAUCCCCUUUAGGAGGACCCGCAAGGAUUCCGGAAGCUCGCUGCGUGACCUCUUACUUUCAGGCUCUGUUAAGAAGUUGUUGAACUGCAGUUCGCGCCCGAACUUGCCCAAGAUUUGUUUACCUGACAUCACAGUUUUGGUCAUGAAUAUUUAAAUUUGGAUAAGCAUAAAUCCAAAAAGGCACCCAAAUACCUUUCAAAAGUAGAUAAAAGUGAGAUUAAUUGAAACUCGGGUAUAUUUCUAGGUUUGAAGUAAAUGUAAUGCACUACAUGAUCUCUUUAAUGUAUUCAUUAAUGUGUUCAUGGUUAUGUUCACUGGAUAUUUCCCAAGUUAGGGAGUUUUGCAUUCAGAAUCGCCUGGUAUUUUUACAAGAGCAGCGUUGUUCCUUGCAUAGUUUUAAAAAUGAUAUCCGACGUUUGUAACACGAGCCUACAUUAUUUCACACUGGCACAGUUCCUAAACAGUCCUGUGAGACUGUUGAUAGAGAUAGGAAACGUUGCGAUCUAGAUUUAGAAUAAAUCUUACUUUCGGGCAAGCUGUCGUUAGAAAACGUAAAACAUGAGCUGUUAAACAUUUGCUCUGUCAUAGUUCUCUAAAGAAAACUUAAAGCAUAAAAGUGUCACGUUAUCAAAUGCACAGAAUGCAUUUCAUCAAAUGAAAAUGUUAGGGAGUACAUAUUUUACCGACAUAAAAUGUAAGGAUUUUCUUUUCUCUUUAUUGCAAAUGGGGAUGGGGUGGAGUUUGUUGUAACAAAUGGUCCAACAGCCUAAGGUCUCCAAGUGUAACAGUGAUAAAUAUUAAGGUACCAAAAAUUUACAUAUGUAAUUUAUAAGUAUUCUAAUUUUCAAUUUUACAGCGAGGAUUUUGAGACGACUUAGAGCACGUGACUUACACUUCUUUACGCAGUCAGGCAUGGUAGAUUUCUUAAAUGUACACCUACUUUUAAGAGUGUAUAAUUUAUUGUAUAGUAAUAAUAUAAUAGUUGUGUUAUAAAAUUUUUGUUUGUUUUUGUGUUAGCAUAAUGUCCAAUGCCAGACAUAGCACACGGGUAACGUGCAUAUGAAUGGACUCCAAUGGGACACUUUGAGACGCUGGUGGCAGCAGACAUAUCGGUCCUUUUUCAAGGGUGCACCGUCGUAUUUAGGCCAGAAAUCAUACUAUGUCCGCCGAGCUCGUUAAUAAAAGUUAUACACUCAAAAUAUUCUAUAUUAGAGGGUUCUGAGAGCCAUGGAACUGGGGAAUUGAAGA